GGAGUCUAAACUCAUUGAACCGGAUGAGAAAGCCAUCAUAAAUAAAAGUUUUUUGGACUUACGGUACCAAAACAAGCCAUCAUAUUGUCUUCCAUUUGCAUGGUUAAAGUUGUGGGGGAAAAAAACAAUUGAUGUUUACGAAAAGGGGAAAUAAAUAGUUUGUUACUCACAACUUAUACAUUCCAGAUGUUCUUGGUCAUUUCCCUUGUAUUGAUCAGGACUAAGUUUCAUAAACACUUUGUUACUCACAACUUCUCUCUUUGUAGAAAAUUAGAGCCAGGCCUUCAAGGAAAUUUGUGUCUAAUUCAACCACCGACAAAAUGGCUGGCAUGGCGGCGGCACAUAGUUUGAUUGGAGAAACCAAUGCUCUUCUAAGCAAGCCAAAUCACAUGAAACCAUCUCUCAUAGAAGCAGGGGCUCGUCUUUUUGUCACUAGGUUCCUUGGAACUUAUAUCUCAGCUGGAUGUUUAAUUUUAUUGGAGGAAGGGGACACAAUAUUGACCUUUGAAGGAGACAAGAGAAAGUGUUCUAUGAAAAUAGUUCUUAAAGUUCAUAAUCCCCAGUUUUAUUGGAAGAUUAUGACACGGGCUGAUUUAGGCCUUGCUGAUGCAUAUAUUGAUGGGGAUAUUUCUUUCACCGAUGAAAAUGAAGGUCUUCUAAACCUCUUUUUGAUUCUUAUUGCCAGCAGAGAGUCAAAGUCCUCUAUCUUGAAAUUGAAUAAGAGAAGGGGUUGGUGGACACCAUUGAUAUUUACGGCUGCUAUAGGAUCUGCAAGCUAUUUUUUGAAGCAUUUUUCAAGGCAAAAUACUCUUACACAGGCACGCAGGAACAUCUCUCGUCAUUAUGAGCUGAGUAAUGAACUUUUUGCUCUGUUCCUGGACGAAACAAUGACAUACUCCACCGCUGUAUUUAAGAAGGAAGAUGAGGACUUAAAGGUUGCGCAGCUGAGAAAAAUGUCUACUUUAAUUGGAAAGGCAAGAAUUAAUGAGAGGCAUGAAGUUCUUGAUAUUGGGUGUGGCUGGGGAAGCUUUGCUAUUGAAGUUGUCAAUCGAACUGGAUGCAAAUACACUGGCAUCACUUUGUCUAAUGAGCAACUAAAACUUGCGGAAAAGAAAGUGAAAGAUGCUGGCCUUCAGGACCGCAUUAAGUUUCUUCUUUGUGAUUACCGCCAAUUGCCAGAUUCCUACAAAUAUGACAGAAUUAUAUCCUGUGAGAUGAUAGAGCAUGUCGGCCAUGAAUAUAUGGAAAAGUUUUUUGGUUGCUGUGAAUCAUUAUUAGCAGAAGACGGGCUUUUUGUUCUGCAGUUCAUAUCAAUACCAGACGAACGUUACGACGAGUACAGGCGAAGUUCGGAUUUUAUAAAGGAAUAUAUAUUUCCCGGUGGAUGCCUACCUUCACUGAGCAGGAUAAUAUCAGCCAUGGCUAACGCAUCCAGACUCUGCGUUGAGCACGUGGAGAACAUAGGAAUUCAUUACUACCAAACACUCAGAUGUUGGAGAAAAAAUUUAAUGGACAACAAGAGUUUCAACGUGUCCCACACGCCUAAGUCACUGCCCAAGGAAUGGCAUGCUGACUUUGGAAGCUUGAGGAACAAAAUCCUUGCUCUUGGAUUUGAUGAAAAGUUCAUACGGACAUGGGAAUAUUACUUUGAUUAUUGUGCAGCCGGUUUUAAGUCACGUACACUUGGAGAUUAUCAGGUUGUAUUCUCACGCCCUGGAAAUGUUGCUGCACUCAACAAUCCACAUCAAAGUUUCCAUCAGAAUCUUGAUUCAAUUCCCAAAAGAGAGAUUAAUCCUUCAUAUUAAUGCCCAACCAACCUAUAAGUAGUUCAUUUUCAUGUUCUAGCUUUCAUUAGAAUACUUUAAUUUCAUUGAUUGCUUCUCCAAUGUUUACUUAAUCAUGGGUCAAAUACUUAAGAAUGGUUUGAGAUUGUACUUAAAUUAUAUGGUGUAAGGUUGAAUUUAAU